CUAAAAUAAAAAAAACAGCCUAAAAACAAUUAGCCUUAUAUUUUUUUAAAAUACCUAGUUAUUGACAGUGAAGUGCUCAGCAUCUAUACAACAUACAAAUCAGAAAGACGUAUUAAACUUCAUAGGCAACCACAAUUACCUUAGAUACAUCAUGUUUUAAACAUUUCUUGGUGAAUAUACCUAACAAUUCUUAAUAAGAUAAGAUGGGUACACUCACUAGCAUUGUAAAUUUAUUCAAGUUUACCACCUAUAACUUAUGUUCUUGUAGUGUAUUACAUGAAUUAAAAUCUAAGAAUUAUUUUAUCGAAAGUGAAAAAAAAGCGAAUUAUUCUUCUCGUCUUCUUUAUUGCAAGGCCCGCAACAGCCACAGGACGAUCUACUCCUAUAUUUGUAGCGGCACUAAACAUUUCUUAGCAGUUUUGGGGGGUGAAAAAUACAGAAAUCAAUUGAGUAAUUUUACAUUUGUAUGUGGGGGGGAGCAGGUGGUAAUUAACUUUAUGAGCCUAAGAAAUGCCGUUUUAGUAAUCCGUAUCUACACGUAUAAUGGGCUAUCUACCACCUACCGGGCAUCGAUUGUCCGGGUGGUAUAUACAGGUUCUCUAUUUUUUCGACUGCGAAAAUGUGGUGUUGUAACUACCAUGGAGCCCAAAAGCUAUAAAAAUGGCAUGGAUGUUCUAAUUAAUGUAUAA